AUGUGGCUUGUGAACACUGACAGUUUGGUGUUGGAGGAGGUCUCGAAGCCUUCGUCGAUCAAGUAUGCCAUCCUGUCGCAUACCUGGGCAGACGAUGAGGUGACCUUUCAAGACUUCCACAACAUCGAGCGAAGUGGCGAGAGACAUAAGUCCGGGUUCUCCAAGAUUCAGAAGACCUGUGAACCUGCGCGCCAACGAGGCCUUCACUAUGCGUGGGUGGACACUUGCUGUAUCGACAAGUCGAGCAGUGCAGAACUCAGCGAGGCUAUCAAUUCCAUGUUCUCGUGGUACAAGGAGUCCGCCGUCUGCUUUGUCUUCCUGUCGGACUUACCAGCGUCUGAGAGGCUAGUCGAAAAGGUAGAAACGACGUCCGUCUUUUCCUACACCCAAAAGACAUUCGCUGCCUGUCGAUGGUUCACUCGAGGAUGGACUUUACAAGAGCUCAUUGCUCCGAGCGAGGUAGAAUUCUUCGAUUCCCAAUGGGAGCAGUUCUCUCGGAAAGCCGAUUGCCUUGAUAAGCUGGAAGAAAUUACCGGCAUACGCCGCUCAGUUCUAGAGUCUUCCUCAAACUUACGACAGACUCCAACAACAGUAAAGAUGUCCUGGGCAGCAUCUCGCAAAACGAAACGCGUCGAGGACCGUGCCUACUCUCUUCUCGGCAUUUUCCGAUAUUAA